AGAGCCUUCCUGAUGUAUAUAUGCAGGUAGUGAGAAUUGAAUCGGCCCUUUGAGACAGUAGUAUAAUAAAACUCUGAUUUGGGGAGCAGCAGUUCUCCUUAUUUUUCUACUCUCUUGUGGGAAUGAGUUGCCAAGCUUUUACUUCGGCUGAUACCUUUAUACCUCUGAAUUCUGACGCCUCUGCAACUCUGCCUCUGAUAAUGCAUCACAGUGCUGCCGAGUGUCUACCAGUCUCCAACCAUGCCACCAAUGUGAUGUCUACAGUCCCAUCUAUUUUGUCUUUGAUCCAAACUCCUAAAUGUUUGUGCACACGUUUCUCGGUGACAACGUUGGGAAACACAGCAACGGGACUUCAUUAUUCUGUUCCUUCCUGUCAUUAUGGAAACCAGCCAUCAACCUAUGGAGUGAUGGCAGGUAGUUUAACCCCUUGUCUUUAUAAAUUUCCUGACCACACCUUGAGUCAUGGAUUUCCUCCUAUACACCAGCCUCUCCUGGCAGAGGACCCCACAGCUGCUGAUUUCAAGCAGGAACUCAGGCGGAAAAGUAAAUUGGUGGAAGAGCCAAUAGACAUGGAUUCUCCAGAAAUCAGAGAACUUGAAAAGUUUGCCAAUGAAUUUAAAGUGAGAAGAAUUAAGUUAGGAUACACCCAGACAAAUGUUGGGGAGGCCCUGGCAGCUGUGCAUGGCUCUGAAUUCAGUCAAACAACAAUCUGCCGAUUUGAGAAUCUGCAGCUCAGCUUUAAAAAUGCAUGCAAACUGAAAGCAAUAUUAUCCAAAUGGCUGGAGGAAGCUGAGCAAGUAGGAGCUUUGUACAAUGAAAAGGUGGGAGCAAAUGAAAGGAAAAGAAAACGAAGAACAACUAUAAGCAUUGCUGCUAAAGAUGCUCUGGAGAGACACUUUGGAGAACAGAAUAAACCUUCUUCUCAAGAGAUCAUGAGGAUGGCUGAAGAACUGAAUCUGGAGAAAGAAGUAGUAAGAGUUUGGUUUUGCAACCGGAGGCAGAGAGAAAAACGGGUGAAAACAAGUCUGAAUCAGAGUUUAUUUUCUAUUUCUAAGGAACAUCUUGAGUGCAGAUAAGAUUUUUCUGUUGUAUAAUAGCCCUUUUUUUUUCCUGUUUCAUUCCUUUCUCUUCCUCAACAAAAGCAGAAAUUAGUUGGUUGAUUUAGAAUCAUUUUAUAUCAAUAGCUUUUUACAGAAGCUUACUUUUCCAUUUUUUAAAAAAAGAAACCAACAAUUUAAAUUAUAUUGAUGUUAUUUACUUAAAAUAAUUAUCCCCAGAAGCCACAUUAUCCAUUUUAAGCCAAAUAUAUUAACAGUAAUGAGCUCUCCGUCUCUGCCUCUCUCUCACACACACACACACACACACACACACACAGAGUGUGCAUAUGGGUUUAUAGGUUCCUUUUCCAAACAUGUUUAUUAGCUUUUUAACAUUUAAGUGAGUAACAACACAUAUGUAAAGCACAUCGCCAGAAAUAUCCAAUUCAAAAAUUAACCAAUGGUCUGCUUUCUACCAACUCUACUAGUUUGUCUGAACUAAAAGUUUUGAACUUAGAGCUGGAGGUGUCUUAUAGUUUUAUUACUACCUUUAGGAAUAAACCUCAAUUGGAAUUGAUACUUUGAAGCUAAAAUUUAGGGCAUAGCUGACAGAACUGUUUCAAAAGAGAUUUGUAGGAACAUUAAUUUUUGAUCUUUUUAUUCUUCCUAAAUAUUAACUCUUUGAUGUGUAGCUGUAGAAAAUAAUGCUUUAUGGAUUCUUCAGCCUCAAACCAUUAGUCUGUAAGCUGCAACAGGACAGGAAGAGAUCUGGCUUGUUUGGUGUUAACUCUCCAGGGCUUAGGAAAGUUCUUGCUCAGAUUAGGCAUGCAAUCUUUGUUAAAUGAAGGAGCGCAAUGUUAACAAUGGCUACAAAUGUGAACGGUGUCACCUAAUUUUACAUUAUAAUGUUUUUGAAAUCUCACAAUCUAGAAAAUCAUCCAGGUUUCUAUAACAAGACAUGAUCACUUUUGGUAUAAUUGAUUAGAAUCCGAUUUACUAUUUGUAAAAAGUUUGACAUAUUGAGAUUUUAAUUUUAAU